ACCGACUCCACUAACCUCGGCAGCAUGCGUUGUUGAGCGAUCGACUUGACAUGGCGACUGCCGCUCUGGACAUCGGUGGCCUCUCCUGCUCCCCUGUCUUCCUCUUCGACGACGCUCCAAAGCUCUGCACUACCGAUGAAUUCGACGUCUCCGAAUACGUGGCUGUCUUCGACGAGAGCUCGGUCACGGAGUCAUCAGCGGUAGCCGGCGACGUCUACUGCCCAACGGACGACACCAUGAUGAGCUGCAGGAACGAGACGAAGAGGAUGAAGGUCGGCGACGGAUGCAGGAUCGGGUUCAGAACGAAGUCGGAGGUGGAGAUAUUGGAUGAUGGGUUCAAGUGGAGGAAGUACGGGAAGAAGUCGGUGAAGAACAGCCCCAAUCCGAGGAACUACUACCGGUGCUCGACCGAGGGUUGCGGGGUGAAGAAGAGGGUGGAGAGGGACCGCGACGAUCCGCGCUUUGUGAUCACCAUCUACGAAGGCGUGCACAACCACAUCAGCCCAUGUACGCUCUGCUACAACUACGCUCAUCUCCCCCUCGCACCCUCGGCCUCAGCGCCAUGGGGGAGGGCGAUGGCGGGGGCGCCGACGAUCUCCAGUUCAUCGUCGACAUGUACUGCUCAGUGGUUGGAGUCGUUCUUUCAAGACGACAUGUAGCUCAGAACUGCACAAGUUCGAGCUUUGACCACAGGAUAAGAGUUGUCGCCGAAGACUCGUCGUAAUGCAAUGUUUGUUGAUCGG